UCCCAACAUCGGAAGCAGAUGUCUCUUGGAACUUGACAAGGCGCUCGCCUCACGCCAUUUUGUUUUGUUUGCUUUUCUUCUUGAUUUCUUGAUAAAAAACUAUAAAAAAAUCAUAACUUAACCUAAAAGUGGUGCAUUUUGUAACCAUCGUUUUUGUGUAUUGUUUAAAGUUUUCAGUUGCAAAGUGUAGAUCUCAUAAAUAUAACACUCUAUUUUGAAAAUGGCAAACACAAACACAGACUUAACGGAAGAAGACGCAGCAGACCUACAGUUUCCAAAAGACGAUGACCUCUCAACAUUUAGUAGCUGUAAUAUUUUUGACAGCAACGAUUCAACCUAUUGUACAAAUUGUUUAAACGAAAUACAAAGUAAGUACAUUCUAUGUGAGAAGUGUAAAGUGAAUAUCUGCCUCAGUUGUUUUUCCAAUGGAGCUGAGUUUUCAGACCACAAAAAUGACCACGAUUAUCGUGUUUUGUCUACAGACUUUAUUUUAUUUGAAAAUUCUGACUGGACUGCUGAAGAAGAGCUUAAACUUCUGGAUGGGAUCAGCAACUAUGGGAAUUGGUACCAUUUAGCACAAGAACUUCCAAAUAGAUCUGUGAACGAAAUUAUAGAGCAUUAUGAUUAUUACUAUCUCCAAAGAAAUGGCUGUGAGAGGUUUCCAAAAGCAAAAGUACCAGAUGCCGCGUUAUUUCCACAGUUAGUAGUUCCUUACAGAUUCCAGCUUAAUCAUUCCGAUGAACCUCCAAGAUAUUUAUCAAACACUAUUGGCAAUAAGUCACUCGCAGGAUAUAAUCCAGCUCGAUCUGAUUUUGAAAUUGAAUACGACAAAAACGCAGAGGAUAUUCUUUCAAAUCUAGAAAUAAUAGACGAGGAUGAUCCAAUGUAUGACCUUCUUACGAAAUUACAAUGUUCUUUGGUUGAAGCUUAUAAUCGCAGGUUGAGAACGAGGUAUCGAUGGCAUAGUUUAAUCAGAGACCAUGGACUUCUGUUGAUCAGGAAAACUUACUCGUGGUUAAAGAGGUAUGAAUUUACCAUUCACAAAAAUGUUUAUGAAAAGAUGAUCAGGUUUAUGCAGUUCUGUGAACCUACGUAUUUUGAAUCGUUGAUGGAAGGCCUGCACCGAAGUGGAGAAUUGAAGCUUCAGAUUGCAAGGUUAAUAAAUUUGAAAAGACUGGGCAUUUGCACACUGGCCGAUGGCAGAUUAUAUUUCAAACUCAAUAAGAUCCGCGAAGCCAACAAAAAGUCUCUAAAACUCUUCAAACAACUUCCGGCUCUCAACUGGAAGCAGACCAAAGACGCGAAUUUCACCACAUUGGCAAAAUUCAAUCGCCGUCGUAGUGUGGCCCCAAUAGAAAUCGUUGGCAUGCCAGGUUAUUCGCAGCUAUCUAUCCAAGAAGCAGAACUGUGCAGUACUGCAAGACUGGUACCGAUUGCUUACUUCCAGCUGAGAGAGACUUUGGUGGCUGAGAAUAAAAGAAAUGGUUCUGUUUCCUUACAAACUGCUAGAAGACUGUUGAAGAUUGAUGUGAAUAAGACUAGAAAACUGUACGAUUAUUUGAUACAGACAGGGUAUAUUUUAAAACCUCCUGCAGUUGCAGUAUAAUCUAUGUGUAAUAUCCAAACAAAAGUAUUUGAGUUAUGUUUAAGUUUAAUGUUUUUUUAUUAGUAAUUUUAAUAAAAGUAUAAAUUUUAUAUAA